UGUCCCCUGUCCCCGUCAAUUUUGCACUGACUGUUGUCUUUUCAGCUGAGCAUGCAUGAAACCAUGGCUCGGUCCUCAUUAACAAAACCAGACGCAGCGGCAGAGUCCUCCACCCGAGACCGCUUCUACUCCAUCCUCCGAAAACCAGCAUCGAACCUCGCCCUCCGAAUCUCAGACCUUGAUCGAUAUCGCCUCAACAUGUGGGAGGUCAGUUGGGCUGCUCCAAAGGAGUCGAGAAAAGAACAUCGUGAGAAUAAAGCGACAACCGCGACCAAGACGAGAUCGAUCUUCAGUCGUGAAUCUAAUUCUUCGAGCGAGAUACCUUCGUUUGGGAACUUUUACAAACGAAAGAAUGCUGAGCGGGGGAAUGACUCUAUGUCGUCGACGUCUUCGAAAGCGAGCGCUAUGGUGGGGAAUUAUGAGUUGGAGGCAGAUCAGGCUUCGACCUUUUCGUCGGGGAGUGAACAGACGACGAUCAACAUGGCGAGGGUCGUUGACCUCAACGCAAGGCGAAAUGGGCAGAUUUUGGAGCGCUCUCAAGAGGUAUACGUUGGGGAUAAUACGCUUCUUCAUCCGCCUUCACCAACACCCACAUCGUCAUCUUCACGGUGGGAUACAGAAACGCUUGAGCGUGUUAUUUUACAGCCAUGGCCUCUCAUUCAAGCUUUGAGCGAUGACUCGUUUGUCGCGCGAAGUACGGAAGCGACGACAUCUCAGCGUACAUCCUACGAUACACCGUAUCUCAUCAAUUGCGGUGUUACCAUAGUGGCGACACCGAGUAUCAAGUCUAAGCAUCGCGCCCGCUCACCAAGUACUCAAUCUCAACCUCAACGUCCACAGAGUAGUAGAUCACCAACCAAAGCCAAGACCCCACGACGCAUGCCAUCAUCUACAGCCUCACUAAGAGUCGAAAGCAGCGAUGGCUGGCGACCUCCCGAGGAUUGGGCAUGCACACCCACUGAGCCUUCAUUUCAAUUCCCAGACGAACCUGUUAUCGAGCCAGAGGCUACCAUUCCCAAGGAACUCAACGCGAUGCAGUUGGGUGUGAAGCAACUUGCCAAAGAGGAUAACAUGGUAAGACUUCUUCGUCUCACUGAGUCGCAGGGCGUCAAUGAUCCGCCGAAUUCAUGUCAGGAUCUGGAGGUUGAGAAGAUGCAGUGGAUGCUCUCUGCUAUGUUCAACAUGGGCGGACCUGAGUAUUCAGAGAUGAAUGAUGAUGAUACUGAAGAUGAGUCGUCGGAUCCACCGAAGAGGAUUCUUGCUCUUUAUGAAACACCUGCUGUCACUUCAUACCUCGCUGCCGUCAAUCACAACAAACAGGUUUACCAUCUCUCCGCAGCACCAUUAUCACCCACUUCCUUCCCCAACAUUCAUCCUGUCCUCACACCAGUUAGAUCACCCUCCGCAUUUCCCGUCGCCCCAUCUACCAUUGAAGCCGUUCACUCAUUACGUCUUCCUCUCGCUAUGCCAUCACAAGAUAUCCCCGCACUUUUACGAAACAUUCAUCGAUGUCUUGAGCCUGGUGGUUCAUUACAACUCACCAUUAUCGAUCCCCUCCCCGUGACUAACACUCUCGGUCCCCUUUUACGAGCGUGGAUCGAAGAUCAUCUGCUCUUCAAUCUGGAAGCUAGUUUCCGCUGCACAAACCCAAGCAAGCUCCUCCCUCUCUGGCUGAAUGGUGCAUCACUCCGUGUCGAUCCUGAUAGUAUUGAGACGACGCCAUUCUUUGCCAUUCCUCUUGACAAUAGCCAGCUUCAGUACGUGAAAGAAGGUCACAUAUCUGAAGAGGGUCUGAGACAAGAACUUCGUAAUCUUGUGGGGCGUAUGCUCUGGAUGGAGGUUUGGAGAGAAUACAUCGUCGCUGAACGUUGGUGGUGGGAAGAUCCUGAGAUUCUUCAAGAGUGCAUUCAGCAUCAGACGACAUGGGAAUGGAAGCUGAUUGAAGCAGUCAAGGAAACCUAAUAAUUUUAUUUGUUUUUGGUUGUAAAUUGUUGUUUUACGGAAGGUCUAGAUAGCAUUAUACCCUUGGAGCCUUAAUGAUGAUUACAAUUGAUGG